GCUCACCAGCCAAUCAUGAACUGCUUCCUUAAGGUGAGUACACCUGAGUUAAAGAGAGCUUGCACACUGGCAGUUUCUAUGAUUGCAACAAGUACUGCGACAGAAGAAACAACAUACCAGUGGUGUACUGAGGCAACUUUGAACAACAACACCUCCUUUGAAUCAGUAAGAGAGCAUAUCCUGUUUAAGGACUUUGCUGUGAAUCAUCAGAGCUACAUGCGAGCAGCGCAUUUGAAGAUGAUGCGAUUGCUGUUUCUCUGUGCACUGCUACUGCUGCCAGCUGCCAUCGUUCUUUCAGAGGAUUUUGAAGGAUCAGCUGAUGAUUCAGACGAUGAGGAUAUGGUUCAAAGCAGAAAUAUGGAUUUUGUUGGAGGCGCUCCACCUGAAAAUGACAACCCACAGGAAAGUCAAAUGACUCUGAUCAUCAUAGCUGUUCUGGGUACGGCGGUGGCUCUUUCAGUCAUAGCAAUAGGAGCUGUAUUCUUGAUGAAACGGCAAAAGCUCAAACAACAGCAAGGGAUUUACUCCGUACCCACUGAACAGAACCAGAAAGAAACCAUAUAAUUCCCGACAGCACAGCAGUUCUGCACCAAAUAGCCAAGUGAGGAGAACAGGCUGUUUUCUCCAACACUGACUCAGGACAUUUGAACACAUUUGCACGUUGGCUUGCUUUUCACUGCCCAGUCUCUCACGUCCUCAUAAGCCUAUCUAACCUAUGCAGUAUGACUUCUCUUCACACUGUUGUGCCAUGUUUUCUCUGUCUCCCAGCUGUUUGUUCUCCAUUUAGCCAGGGAUUUUUUGGAACACAUUCAAACCUUUUUAAUUGGAUGUUGUUUGAAGAAUCCAAAUUAGAGCAGAGAAUGUGGCUUGCAGCUUCUUUGUGUUAAAAUUAUUAAUCUAGCAUAGCUAAAGCUUUUUUUUUUUUUUUAGAAGCAUAAAUAGAUUGACCAUUUAAGCAGAAAAACUGUAAUUGUGUUUUGACUUGGUGCGUGUGGAGCAAACCCGCCUCUCAAAUGAUCGUUGACUGUGACAAACCAUGCUAAUCCGCACUAAGCCAGCAGAAUGCUCACUUAUUUACUUAUUUACCUUUACUGAAAGGCAAAACCAGCUCUUCAUCUUUUUUUCAGCUGUGUCAAAUAAAAAUAAGUGGAUACACAAGUUAAGCACACCUUGCAGCUAAGAUGCUAAAUAAUCAGCCAAUAUGAAUGAUGUUUUUGUUUGUUCUACUUUUUUUUUUUUGUGUAAAAAAUCUGUUAUUCUUGUGCGUUGUAAAUAACUUUCAGGAACCUGCUCAGUGUUAGAGCAAUGCAUCUAGCACUGAAGGCAGAAGGCUCAGUAAGAGGGAGGGGGGAAUAAUACAGUUGAGUUGAGAUGGCUGGGGAAUUGCAACCAAUGUUUUUAUUUUUUUUAAUAAUAGAGGGUGCUGGUUUCACUCACAUGACACCAAUCACACUAUGUGCAGGAAAGCUUUCUAAACAUAGAUUUAAAACUGAAGGCCUAUGUCAGAAAAUGUUUCAGGUAGAGUGGGAUAACUCCCAGCUUUCAGAAACCUGAUGUGUUGAAGCAAAAUCUUCUUUCCACUAAAUCUUGACAAGAAACACAGCUUGGCUCACGAGAUGUGCAGUUUCUGCUUUCAGGCAUCAGCUUAAAUAAACCCAUACUUAUAAAUUAGUACCGGGCAAAUUAUCUGACUUUAAACAGUUUAUAUUUGAUCGUAUCGUAGUGAUCUAUUUCUGAUUGCAGCCUUAAUGUGUCAGCAUUUCAUAUAUAAACUAGAGUAAAGAACAUUUCAUUUUUUUCCCUCUGCAUGAAUUAUUCUGUUUCCUGGUUUUAUUUCAUUAUAUUAUUUGAAGGUAUUUCUUUUUUUCUUCUUCUCCAAAUUGCAGAAAAGAGUUUCUGUACACAUGCAUCUGCAUGCCUUGCUGAUAUUCCCUCUUUGGAGAGCUGCCCUGUUGUGACACUACUGUUUAACAUAAUGCAAUACAUGUAGCAUUUAAGCUUUUGUCGCUAUUAUUCAAGUGGGAAUCUCAGUCAUUUAAACUGUUAGUCUGUUAUGCAUUUAAUCUAACCCAUUAUGGUUGUUGCUGCAGUUUAUCUAGGAAAAAAGUUUUAAACACCUUUUAAUGUUUGUAACCCAUUUUGCAGUCAUGUUAGAAAUCAUUGGUUAAUGCAAAUUUGAGAAGUGCUUAAGUAUUCAGCGAUAAAAGCAUGGAGGUCAUGAGUGAAGUUUAAGUAGAAUAUAUUUACUAAGUAAAACUUGUAUUUUUCAAAGUAAUAAAAAUGGCUUAAGGGUUAUCUUUUGUGAGGAAUUCUGAUGAUUGCAAAAGUCUGUAAAAUAUGUAUUCAUGUUUUAUUAUAGCAAUAAGUUUAAAUCAGCGCUGCACUUUUUUAUAUGUAUUUCUAUGCCAAAGACAUUUAAUGAGGUAUUCAUGUAAUUUUCAGAACUAGUAAUUGAUGUGUUAAUAUCUUCCAAAAAUACCAUCACCAAUUUGCACAGACAAAGACACCUUUUAUUAGUUCUAAUGGCGAUUAGAAUGGGGAAAAUUAUGUAAAUAUAUAAAUCUAUGGUGGGAUUUUUGUCCAUAUUUUGACAUUAAAUGUGCUAUAAAACUUAA